UAUGGCGGCGUACAGUGAUGCUUAAUUUCAUGUGUUCACGGCGCCAGCUCAUCGUAUAGGCCUCUUGACCUAGAACAUCAAGUUCAAGGCUUAGUUGUUCCAGAUCCAAGUAGUUUCAUUCGUGAAGUCAUCCUUUGAUGCUUCUGCGUGGCCAACCCUAACUUGAGCCUACCCUACUUUGUUGGUAGGUUACGACGAAAACAGAUGCAAUUUUUGAAGCCAGCACCGCCAUGGACGCUAUUGAUAAAGUUCGCAUCCUCGUAGUUGGCGACUCGGGUGUGGGAAAGUCAUCCCUGGUACAUCUAAUCUGCCACAAUGAGGCUGCAGUCAAUCCUGGUUGGACCAUUGGAUGCUCUCUUGAAGUAAAACUUCAUGAAUACAAGGAAGGAACACCUGACCAAAAGACCUUUUUCCUUGAACUAUGGGAUAUUGGAGGUAGCAGCAGUCACAAGAACACCAGGGCAAUGUUCUAUCACAAUGCAAAUGGGUUGAUCCUGGUGCACGACCUGACAAAUCGGAAGUCCCAUGGGAACUUGAAACAAUGGUUGAAUGAAAUCCUCGACCAGGACAAGGAAAUGGGAAUGGGAAGAGGACCUUCUAGGGUAAGGGACACCCUUGAUCCUGAGAACCUCCUCGGAUCAGUGAAGAUGCCUAUACUUGUGAUUGGCACAAAACAGGAUCUGGCUGGAGAGAAAAGAGUGCAGCGUUCAUUUGUUGCUGAAGAUCUUGGUGUUGAUGACAUUUCCCUUAACUGCCAUAACCCUCGUUCUUUGGCACCUGGAUCAGGAUUGGCAGUGAAACUGACCCGCUUCUUUGACCGCAUCAUAGAGAGUCGAUAUUAUCGAGACAUGAAUCCCAACCCUGCACUUCUGGAGAAGAGGAGACUCUUACCUAUGAAUGUGAUGAAUGCCAAGAGCUUGCAUGGGGACUAAUGGAAUGGGGAUAUCUCUCAUCUGAGGCAUCUCUCACGAAGGAUCCCAGAAUAACCUGUUCACCUCCUCAGGAUCAGACUCAACAUUUUGAGUGAUUCCAGGCUAUCCUUCCCAUUUUCUGUUUCACUCAUGUCUUGGUGGUGCUUGUCUUUCAUGGACCCAUGAAAUUAUUUUAGGAAGGGCAUUGUUGUCAUGCUUAUACAUUUUCCAUCAAUGCAGAUGUGAUAUUGAAAUCAGUAUAUGAAAGUACCAUUGCAUUCAACAUGUUCUGCAUUCAGUUUAAUUCCAUUGGCAUGUCUCUAGGAGAAAAUAAUUAUUUAUUAAAUAUAACAAAUGCUUGAUACUG